UCCGAAACACCUGCGAGCCUGGACGCCAUAGUCAAGGAGCGUGAUUCGCUACGUGAGGAACUGGCCGAAUUGCGCAGAUCGCUUGAAUCUAUCCAAGACCAGCACGCGAAAGAACAAGCCCAAGAAGCACAAGUCGGAAAGCGGAGCUCGGACGGAGAAGAAGUUGAAAGGCUCAGAACACAGCUACAAGAGAUUCAAAAAGGCAAAGAGAACGCUGAGAGCGCGUAUCGCACACUCCUGGGCAAGGUCAACACUAUCAAGUCGCAACUGGGAGAACGUCUAAAAGCCGAUGCCGAAGAACUCUCAAAAGCUCGCGCCGAAAUCGAGGACCUACAAGAGGAGAGCAAAUCCGCUCGCGAAAGUAAAGAGGAGCUCCAAGCCACCAUUGACCAGCUCGAAUCCCAACGCAAGGAACAUGAAAGCGAGAUUGAAUCGCUUCGGAGCCGUACCAACGUCAGCCAGUCGAAUUGGGUCAAGGAGCGCGAUGAAUUGAUCAGCAGGGAAGCAUAUGCUCGUGAAGAGUUUGAGAACGCUCGACAAGCCAUGCAGGAUUGGGAAGUUCUCGCCAUGGAAGAGAGGUCCCUGCGUGAAUCACUGGGUGAGCGUGUAGCUGAGAUCGAAGAGCAACUCAAUGCUCAAAGAGAAGCAUACGACCGAGCUGCCAGUGAAAGAGACACACAAAACUCGACUGUCGACUCGCUGCAGCGAGCCCUGCAAGACAUUCAAGACGCUCGCAAGAAGGAGCUGCGCGAAAUGGUCGAGACCUCACAAGCUCAACUCGACGCCUUGCGUGCUCAGACCGAGGAGGCAAAGUCCUCGGCUGCGGCAUCAGCAGAGGAACUUGAGAAGAUACGGAAGGAGCUCGAGCAUGCUCUGCCAUUUGAAAAAGAGGUCAAGGAGAAAAACUUGCUGAUCGGGAAACUACGGCAUGAAGCGGUCAUUCUCAACGACCACCUCACGAAGGCUUUGCGAUUCUUGAAACGCGGCAAGCCCGAGGACAACGUGGAUCGUCAUAUCGUGACCAACCAUUUCCUGCAUUUCUUGAUAUUGGAUCGCAGCGAUCCGAAGAAAUUCCAGGUUUUGCAAUUGAUUGCUGCACUACUUGGUUGGAGCGAAGCAGAACAAAGAGAACAAGCCGGAUUAGCACGACCAGGUGCCUCCAACUCGAUGCUCAAAAUUCCUCUAUCGCCUUUCCGUCGCACACCAUCAACACCCUCAUUAUCAGACGCCAGCUUUGACAAUCACCAAGGAGGAAGCAAAGAGUCGCUCGCAGAACUCUGGUCUGACUUCUUGGAGCGAGAGGCACAGGAGGGAGGCAUGCAUGGUAGCCGUAGUGGCAGUUUCGCCAUGAUGUCGCCAACACAGGAGAGACCUGCUUCUUCUGGAGGACUGGGCUUUGGAAGUCCUAGGCCUACUUAG